GCAAAACUGUGGUGAAGAGGAAUACAAAAUUGAAAGAAAAGCAAGGUAUGUCGCCUUUGCAAGAGCAAAAUUAAUUUGGUCUUGCUUGCAUGCGUUUGAUAAGAUAUACUCGUAUGUAUAGAACGGUACUUAUAAUCCAAUUGCCGUACGAAGUAUUAUUAAAAAACAAAAACGUUUUGUACAAGAACAAGAGUGGUGCUAUUCGGACAAAUUAAAAAUUUUUGACUAUCAAUUUUUCGUAUUUGCUAACGAAACGUUGACUUAACAAUUGGAAAAUUUGUGGAAUUCAGGUCAUACGAAGCUGUUAUCAAUUACAGAAAAGUAAGCAGCCUAUUGCGUGGAAAGCAAGAAAGUGGAAAACGUGGAGGAAACUAACCACCAAAGCAAAAGAAACAAUAGCACUAGCCGAACGAACAUCAAGGAAUACGCCAAAAAAAGCAAUAGCCAAAAGCAAGUGACAAGUACACUUCGUUGACAAUAGGAAGAGAGGAAAAAGUGGCGGUGUGCUUGCUAGUAGCAUCGGCAUUCAGUCGGUAAAGAGUAAAAAACACAUUGCGAAUUGUUAGUUUCGCGCAGAAAUCGGAAGGCUGCGUUUGGAAUCAGUAUAACUAUCAUUCAGCGGAGUCAAAUUUUGUCUUAUUUUUGUUGUGGACAGUUUGUUUACAGGCGAUUAAAAACCAACAUCAGAGAGAAACUAUUACUAAAAGUUUACUGCAGAUCGUGUGCUGUAGUUAGAUUAAUAGUUUUCUUUUAAUUUACUACUACCGUUGGCACAGCUAAUAUGAACAUGGACGAUUACGAAUCAUUACCCACUACUAAUGUGGGCAUCAAUAUGACGGCCGGAGCAAUUGCAGGCGUGCUGGAACAUUGUGUUAUGUAUCCAUUGGAUUCGGUUAAGACAAGAAUGCAAAGUUUAUCACCAGUCACUUCCAAUUAUGACAUCAGCACUACCUUCAAAAACAUGAUCAAAAAAGAGGGUAUUAUGAGACCUAUUCGUGGUGUCUCGGCUGUUGUUGCUGGCGCCGGACCCGCACAUGCGCUGUAUUUUGGUUCCUAUGAGAUGACGAAAGAGCUCCUGACUAAGGUCACCACCAACAAUCAUGUCAAUUAUAUGGCCUCUGGUGCUGUGGCGACAUUAAUACACGAUGCCGUAUCGAAUCCAACAGAUGUGAUAAAACAACGCAUGCAAAUGUACAACUCAAAGUAUAAAUCAGUGAUUGGCUGCAUGAAGGAUGUGUAUCGCAAUGAGGGAAUUACAGCUUUCUACCGAUCUUACUCCACACAGCUAGUGAUGAACAUACCAUAUCAGACAAUACAUUUUGCAACUUACGAAUUUUUUCAAAAUAUGUUGAAUCAUGAACGGAAAUAUAGUCCCGUGGUGCAUAUGGUGGCCGGUGGUGCAGCUGGAGCUACUGCUGCGGCCUUCACAACGCCACUGGAUGUUGUGAAAACGUUGCUAAACACACAGGAGAACGGCCACACAAAAGACAUGGUCGAAGCGAUUCGGCAGAUUUACAGUUUGGCGGGAGUAAAGGGCUUUUUCCGCGGCAUGUUGGCACGCAUUUUAUACUCCAUGCCGGCUACAGCUAUUUGUUGGUCAACAUAUGAAUUCUUCAAAUUCUAUUUGGCUGGCUCCAACCACAGUACGUACAAGUCAUCGAUAACAGGCAAAAAUGCGCUCCAGCGAAGAGAAGAAACUCCUGAGCUUGGCGAAAAAAACGCAUACGUACUGCCAGUGACAACGACAAACACAGAAGAGGUAACGAAUAAAUGCGCAACAACAACGCCCACACCGAGCAGCGGUACAGGUGGCGCGACAGCUGGCCCAACGCCAGGUGGUGCCAAUGCGAUCAAAAGCGUAUGUGAACUGCCGAGUAAUGUGACUACGUCAGCCUUAAAUCUGCAUACCAGACAUACAGAUGUGAAAAGUGCGCGGCCAUUCGAAAGGGGAUACUCGAGUCCGUAAUUCUAAAAGUAAUAGCGAAGAUACAAAGCAAGAGUUGGAGAGAGGGGAGCACACGAAAAGAAAAAUAUUGUAUUGUACAAAACCAAACUAAAAUCUAUAGUAAAAGAGCUAUGUAUAAUAGGCCAGCAGUGCCCGUUAAUACGGAACAUCAUCAUUAUUACGACGUUUGGCCACGCUGGUGUGUAUUUUGAUGGAAGUUUGAGCGUGUUUUCAAGUGAGGCGUGGUCAGGGUAGGUGGGCGUGUAUUGUAUAUAACAGCGUCGACGUGGACCGUCACACUGCGGGUCGCCCCAAAAUCCUCCCUUCCGUGAAGACUAAGCGUGCUUAAGAAGGAACUAAAUGGCGAAUAUUUGUUUGUGCUUGUGAUGAAUGUGAUACAAGUAUUUUUUGUGGUAAUUAGAUACCCAUCAGUUGCCUGUAGACAUUAUUCGAGUGACAAACGCUCACGAAAAGUAUAUAACAAAAUUAGCGCGCUAGGAAGAGUAAAAAAUAUUUCAUACGAAUAUACCGAGAGUGUGCCAGUGCUAAAGACGUUGGCUUUAAUUGUGAAAUUGCCAACAAAUAUUUUGCCAUCUCUGUUCAAACGGCACUUCUUCUAGUAUUAUGUAUAUAAAUAAGCAUGUCUUUAUCUUUACCUCUCCUCAACAUCAUUUACUUAUGGCACGCCUUCCCCCUCUCUCCCCGCCGCACAUCCACAGCGGAGUGAAAAUUCAUGUUUGUAAAAAGAAGAAUUAUCGAUUCGGAAAGUGAGACCAAUUCGAAAAAUUACUAAAUGUUUAAAAUACUGUACACAAUAAAAUCUUUGCAAAAGAGCGUCAACUUGUAAUCUAAUUACAAUACACUAUAAAUAAACUUAGUUUAUAAAAAAAAUCACACACAAAAAAAUGUAGAAGACAUGCUUAGUUGUAGACUCAACUCCCGUUGUGCGUUGUGCAGUCUAGCAUGGAUGUGUCACGGCAUCGUACAGACACAAAAUUAAAGUUGAGAAACAAGUAUGCCAUUGCCACGCUAUGCCAUGGAAUCUGAGCGGCACAGUCCAAAACACAACUUACUUACGAUUCGACAUAAUUUUUACUGUGAUUAUAUAUACCAGACACGCCUUGGAUGUUCAAGAUUAGGAUGCUCAAUUUGCUAUUAAAAAGCCAUGUAUUUUUUAAUUUAUUUGAUUUUGCUCCGCAUACUUAGAUUGUGGCUUUAGCGUGGUGACUGCAAGAAAUUUGAAAAUUGUUAAUAUUAUUUUAAAUUAUAUUAAAUGUAAACUCUUAAUAUAUACUAACUAACUUAAAAUUUUAUUGUUAUUAAAUUACACAACCUUGUAAUUUACAAACAAGAGCUGAAGAUUUGUCCCAAAAAGGAAUACACUUUUGAAAAAUGAAAGUAAAUAAAAACUAUUAUAUUAAAACCA